AUGAUUGGGAAAAAAGGCUUCCUGAGAUCUGGAUUCUUACCUGAAAAUAUAUUCAAUGCAGAUGAGACAGGUCUUUAUUAUCGCAGUUUACUACAACGUUCACUUGUUUUGAAAUCUGAUAAAAGGAAAGGCAUCAAGACAGCCAAAGAAAAAAUAACUGUUCUUUUAGCUUGCUCUCAGACAGGGGAAAAAUUGCCACCUUUGGUCAUUGGCUAUAUAUCAAAAAAGAUUUUGAUGUUGAGUCUUGAGGAGAGGACAGUUAAGAGGAGAGGACAGUUUGGUCAUUCCCCAAUGGUGUCCUCUCUAGAGGACUUUUACUGUACUGGCUCAAAGAACUACCAGUGCGACACCCGCAAGUUUAUGAAGCAUUCCAGAAAGGUCAUUUCACAAGUAGAAAAACUAAUGCUGAUUUCUCCGCAAUUUCCGAUGAUCAAUUGCAUGAACAAAAUAACAAACUAA